UUCUGAUAAUUGUGACAAGGAUUAGAUCAGCUUCUCACGCUGACAUAUCUGUGUGGUCUGAAACUCAAACUGAAGUUUCUGCUUUUGCAUAAAUUUUUUCUACCUGCCUUAAAAUGGAACAGAGUUGAUUGAAAGUCUUGAAAAAAACUGUCCUGCACACCGAACCCUGCUGUGUUUCAUCUACUGAAACACUGUUUGGUAGUAUCCUACAGUGAUAAUAUUCAAUUGCUGUGUUGCAUGCUUUUUAAACUGACAGCUCAUGUAUUUCUCUCUCAAGCAGUGGAAGAAUAUUGUUGGUCCCAGAAGGGCAUGGUAGGAUCAGGGUUUUGGCUCAGUCUAUGAGUCUAAAAGGCUUUGCAGUUCCUGAUAUAAGCCAUAAAGAAGCCUCCAGCUGGCUGGAUGCUCUCUUAAAAACACCAGUGUGGCCUUAUUCCAAAAUGAUGCUCAGGCGAAGUUGUGUAUGCUUCCAUCUCUUGGGAUGAGGAGGAGUGGGAAGGGAGACCUUUGCUGAUGUUCCAGUGAAGCCAGAGAAGUCAGAUGUUUGCAUGAAGACACAGGGAAUUUAAUCACUGAUUGACUCAGAAUCACUUUGAAAGGGUAGAAUAAGACAGGGGAGGAGAAAGAGGGAAGGCAGCAGAGAGCAUUUUAACUUGAGGUAUGGAAGGAAAUGAAGAAGGGAAGUCGAAAUUUUCGUUUCAUUGCAAGCACAGGAGCUCCCUAAGCUGUUUAUGUGAACUAUGAAAUUGUGGAGCUCUGUGCAGUUUUCCUUCCAGCAGCGGCACAGGGAGCUGAGUGCCUGCAUUGGGAGCGCUACAUACAGCUUUGCUUUAGUGCCUUUCCGGGUCAGUGACUCUCAAACAAUGCCCCACAGAGCUGCUUUAGUUGCGCUUCCAUGAGUCAGUCUAUAAGUACUGACACUUCCCCCGAGUGUAACCCAGUGUCGUAGAGAAUCUGCAGGCUUUAUUGACUACUGAUCUCAAAGCAGUUGUGGUGUUCCUUGGACUCAGGUUGGUUGAUCAUGUAUACGUUUUUCAAAUGCCAUUCUUCCUGACAAUUCAAGCACAGUCAGAUUGUUGACUUUAAAAGGCCAAGUGAAAGGAUGUGGCCAAAUCCUUGCACCUGUAGCAUUGAAAGAGUUGAUACUCCUCACAUUGUUCUGGCGCUGCUUUCUCAGUAGCCACAACCGGUAGUGUUGUCUCAUAGAAAGUAAGGAGAAAGAGAAUUACUGGUUCAUGCAAAGAUUUUCUUCCAGGCAUGAUCAGUAAUAGGACCAAGCAGCUGCGUCAUUCAUAUUCUUUUAAAAUCGAUUCAUGUUCCAGGUUGCUUUACCUCUGCAUCCCAGAAAAUAUAAAGGAGGAGGGAUGGGAGGCAGACUUAAAAUAGUGCAUUUAAAUAUUCUUCCAAACAAGGUAAUAUGGAAGUGGAGGCUUCUAUGGAUGGAUCAGAUAUCUCUUUCCAUUUGUGGCUUGGUUUGGUGACGAUUUGAGCAUUUGUGCAGCCAACCUCAGUGGCGAUGUGGAGCCCCCAGGGAGGAGGGAACAGUCUGUUCAACAUUUGUGCGUUCCUUACCAGCUGACUGCACCUGCAGCCUUUGCCAUCAGCAGCUGGGUAUAGAGGCAUUUUGGAAAGCAGCAGCAGUGAGGAGCAGAGCUUGAGAAAACUGUGUGGAAAAAGAAAGCAAGCUAUCCUGCCUCGAAGAUCCUGAAGAGACAUGUCUGUUUCUGAGAAUUGCUUAAGCUGAAUUUGAGGCUGAACAUUGGCUAAGCACAUAAAAGGAUGCGAAGAAGAAGGGUCCAUCAUGUGAAUGUGAAACAGCUAAAUGAGAAACAGAACACCUGGGCAGGCUGACUGAAACUGUUCGUGCAUAGGAUGACAGACUGAUUUGCUGUUGGAGACAAGAUUCAGGAAACCCUGUACCUCCAAGAGACUUUCCUGAGUGAGAGGAGAGGAACAGGAGGAAGCGCACAAAAGAGCGAUGGGAAUUGAGGGCCAUGGUUACUUGAGAUAAAUGGCAGAUCCCUGGGAGUCUAGCCUUGUAGCUGUUUGCUUUAGCUUUGUCUCUCUCCGCAGCUGCUGUUUCUUUUUUGCAAGCUGCUGCUGUGUACUGCCACGGCGGUACUGGAGAUUUCAAGAGCAACGUGGGUGCAGAGAGUGAGGAGGGGGUGGGCAGCCCGCCUCACCAUGAUUCAGUUGUGGAAAGUGGUGCGGCACGUGCGACAGCUGGAGCUCCACAGAUUGAUCCUGCUGCUCAUUGCCUUCAGCCUGAUCUCCAUGUGCAUCCUGGCUUACUACGUCACUAACAGCCCCAAAAUCAAGGAACCACCACCCCUGCCCUUCAGUGACUGCAGCAACCAGCACCGCAUCUUGAUCCCGCCCCAGGCCAGCUGGAGGCUCACAAAAUCUGUGGACACCUCACGCACAGAUCCUGUGGUGCUAGUCUUUGUGGAAAGCAUUUACUCCCAGCUGGGGCAGGAAAUAGUGGCCAUCCUGGAAUCUAGCCGGUUUAAAUACAGGACAGAGAUCGCCCCUGGCAAAGGGGAUAUGCCCACCCUGACAGACAAAGACAGGGGACGCUAUGCUCUUAUUAUCUACGAGAACAUCCUUAAAUAUGUGAACCUAGAUGCUUGGAACCGAGAGCUGCUGGACAAAUACUGUGUAGAGUAUGGAGUGGGGAUUAUAGGCUUUUUCAAAGCCAAUGAGAACAGCCUACUUAGUGCACAGCUCAAGGGUUUCCCACUUUUCCUACAUUCCAACUUGGGGCUGCGGGACUAUCACAUCAACCCUAGUGCUCCCCUGCUCUACGUCACCCGGGCUAAUGAGGUGGAGCAGGGUCCCCUGCCUGGUGACGACUGGACUGUGUUCCAGUCAAACCACAGCACCUAUGAGCCGGUGCUGUUGGCCACCACAAAGUCCUCGGAGUCCAUUCCUCACCUGGCCACCCACAAAGCCUUGCAUGCCACGGUGGUGCAGGACCUGGGUCUGCAUGAUGGGAUCCAGAGAGUUCUCUUCGGCAAUAACCUCAAUUUUUGGCUGCACAAACUCAUUUUCGUGGAUGCCAUUGCCUACUUGACUGGCAAGCGCCUCUGUCUCACACUUGAUCGCUAUAUCCUCGUCGACAUUGAUGAUAUAUUUGUGGGGAAAGAGGGCACUCGCAUGAAAGUGUCUGAUGUAGAGGCUUUACUGAGCACGCAGAAUAAGCUGAGAACUUUAGUCCCAAAUUUCACCUUCAACCUGGGCUUCUCAGGGAAAUUCUACCACACAGGUACCGAUGAGGAAGAUGAAGGGGAUGACAUGCUACUCAAACACAGGAAGGAGUUCUGGUGGUUCCCUCACAUGUGGAGUCACAUGCAGCCUCAUCUUUUCCACAAUGUCACUGUGCUGGCUGAGCAGAUGAAGCUAAACAAACAGUUUGCUGUGGAGCACGGGAUUCCCACAGACUUGGGCUAUGCUGUAGCCCCCCAUCAUUCUGGAGUUUAUCCUGUCCACACGCAGCUCUAUGAGGCAUGGAAAUCUGUUUGGAGCAUCCAAGUAACGAGCACAGAGGAAUACCCACACCUGCGGCCCGCCCGAUACCGGCGUGGUUUCAUCCAUAAUGGAAUCAUGGUUUUGCCUCGACAGACCUGUGGUCUUUUUACUCACACCAUCUUCUAUAAUGAAUAUCCUGGUGGCUCAAAGGAGUUGGACAAGAGCAUUCGUGGUGGUGAACUCUUCCUAACGGUGCUCCUGAACCCAAUCAGCAUCUUCAUGACCCACCUGUCCAACUAUGGGAAUGACCGUCUGGGACUGUACACUUUUGAGAGCCUGGUCAAGUUUGUGCAGUGCUGGACCAACCUUCGCCUGCAAACACUGCCCCCUGUCCAACUUGCAAAAAAGUACUUUGAAAUCUUUCCCCAGGAAAAGAAUCCCUUGUGGCAGAAUCCCUGUGACGAUAAGAGGCACAAGGAUAUCUGGUCCAAAGAGAAAACAUGCGAUCGGCUCCCCAAGUUCCUCAUUGUGGGACCUCAGAAAACUGGUACAACAGCUGUGCACUUCUUCUUGACCAUGCAUCCAGCUGUCACCAGUAACUUCCCAAGUCCAUCCACCUUCGAGGAGAUCCAGUUUUUUAAUGGACCCAACUAUCAUAAAGGAAUUGAUUGGUACAUGGAAUUCUUUCCCAUCCCCUCCAAUGCCAGCACAGACUUCAUGUUUGAGAAGAGUGCCAAUUACUUCGACACAGAGGUGGUACCGAAACGUGGUGCAGCCCUGCUGCCUCGAGCCAAAAUCAUUACUGUUCUGAUCAACCCUGCUGACCGAGCCUAUUCAUGGUACCAGCACCAGCGUGCUCACAAUGACCCUGUGGCACUCAAUUACACUUUCUACCAAGUGAUCUCUGCGAAGUCCCAGGCCCCUCAGGAACUGCGGAACCUGCAAAGCCGAUGCUUGCUCCCUGGCUGGUACUCAACUCACCUGGAGCGCUGGCUCACAUACUACCCCUCGGGGCAGCUUCUCAUUGUGGAUGGUCAGGAGCUGAGACACAACCCUGCCUCCGUAAUGGACAACAUCCAGAAGUUCUUGGGAGUCACCCCGCUCUUCAACUACACCCAGGCCCUCAGAUUUGAUGAAGCAAAAGGAUUUUGGUGCCAGCUGCUAGAUGGAGGAAAGACUAAAUGCCUAGGAAAGAGUAAAGGAAGAAAAUACCCAGAUAUGGAUUCCUCGUCACGGCUGUUCCUAAGAGACUUCUACCGGGAGCACAACAUUGAAUUAUCCAAGCUGAUGAACAGACUUGGACAGCCCCUUCCAACCUGGCUUCGAGAGGAGCUGCAGAACUCCAGCUGGAGCUGAGGGGGACUCUCUUGCCCCCAGUGCCAUUGAGAUGUGUGGUGCUCCCACACGUGCUGUGAUGCCGUCUCGUCAAGCCAAAACAAAGUGGACAAAUAAGCAGGAGCAGAGAACGUGCAUGUGGAGCCGUUCCCGACCACUGGAAGGGCUGCUGCCUCUGCCACUGCCCUGGGGCAUGGAGUGCAUCACAUUCUCGAGUAUUAAUGGUGUGUUACACUCUGACUUUUAGUUACAGCAAGAAUUUGGAAUGCCCGCCCUACAGGGGAGAGAGCACGGUUAACACUUCAUGUUUCAAGUACUCUUCUCAUUAUGUGAAAGAGGCACUAGCUGGAGGGUUAAUGUGUUACUCCUCUGAAUCCAGAAGUAAAGACUGAAGAGGUGAGCUCUUGAGCCCACGCCUGGGAAGAGCAGCAAACCCAAGGGGAAUCUGGUCCAGUGAACCCCAGCUUUUAUCCAGGAGUUGAUUUAGCAGCAGCGAGGUACAAGAACACCUUGUUCCACCCCAUGCACGGUACCAGGGCGACCAUCAUUACUUACAGUGCCACUGUGUGUGGCUUGUGGGGACUGCACCUUCUUGGAGACAGAUGUUACAGAUUUAAGGUUUAUUCUCCUUACCUGCUGCUGUGACGCUGGGUCCAAGGGUCAGUGGGAGAUAGGGCAAAGCUGCAAAUAUUGACACACACACAACUGUUUUGUUAUCUUAGGGAAAAGGUUGCCAUACCUGGCAAUGGGGCAAGUAUUUCUCUGCAGGGACUUUAGACAUUUCAGAAGACAACCAAGGUGCAGUACAUCCCCUUAGAGCUCUUUGGAGGUAUGUGUUAGUACAGCACAACAGCAGCUGGGGGAAGCAAAGCUCAGGUAUUGUAAAAUAAGGCUGAUACAGCUGAAAGCAGACAAUUCAGUACCCCAUCUCUGACCAGCUUAAAAAGGAAAAAAAAAAAGCGCAACAUUUUUCUCUUUCCAACAUCUCCAGGGCCCCUACCACAUAUGCUGAUACUAGCACCUGUUUUAAUCCCCUGCAGUCCAACCCUCCAGGGAGAAAAGCAAACACCAGUUAAAAGUAAGUAUCAUUCAGAUUUAAAGGGAAGGCUUGGGAGUUAGAAGUGGUCUCCUGUAUCCAAAAGGAGCUGUUUAGUCCAGUAAGUACACUAAAGUGCUUUGCCUCCUCCUGCAGUUGCUGGACAAUUACUCUCAGAGGAAAUCCUCCAUCGUGGUUGUACAUGUUUUCUGUUGCUGAGCCAGGGGCUUCUGCAGUCGUGUGGGCCAUUGUCCCUCCUUCCCAGGCACAGCUGGGCCUUGGAGAUCGAUGCAGUGCCAGAGAACAGAAGGGCAGGAUCCAUAUGAACACAGAUUAUGGAAACUUCCACAACUGUCAUGAGCUCCUUUUCUCCUAUCAUAGGAGAGAAGUUGCUUCAACUAAGCUUUUCCAUUGAGCCUUAGGUAUUGUGUAUUUCUGAAUGACUGGUGCAUUUACCGUUGUAUGUAAAUGUAUAUAAUAUGCAAUAUAGUAUUUUAUUUCAUGUGCCCUGGGAAAGGGUUAUUUUGUGCAGCCAAAAAAAAAAAAAGGACAGAAAGACUAGAAACCCCUCUCUCGCUCCUGUUAGAGAGAAGAGCCUGACUUCCUGCACUGGAUUCAUGUAUAGCAUCAUUCACAUUGAAUGAUAAUGAAGAAAUUCUUGGCUCCCAAAGCUGAGCACAAGUGUCCGAGUAAAGGCUAGAAGUAGUAGUAAGUGGAUUCAAUAAAUGUACUACUUAUUUUU